UUUUGUUUCCAAGGGUGGGAGAGGUCUGAGGUGUGAAUUGGUCAUUACAAUGUGUCAGGGAUCCGGGUAUGAUCAGAGAUCUUAGGUGUGAGUUGCUCAUUAACAUUUCUUUUGUUUCCAAGGGUGGGAAAGGUGUCUGGUGGAGGGAGUCAUUAAGGCCACCUGGCAGGGGGUCUGCAUGAGGAAUUUAAGGUGUAAAUGUUCAUAAACAUAUCUUUUGUUUCCAGGGGUGGGAGAGGUCUCAGGUGUGAAUUUGUCAUUACAAUGUGU